UGAACUCUGGAGGGGGUUGGGCUCUGAAAGCUGCACGUGACAGACGUAAAGCGCUUCUUUGGGGUUGUGGGGUCCUGUUGACAGACGGGCUCUCUCUCCCGGACAUGCCUUUCCCACGGAGCAUGGCUCCUACGCGCCAGAGUUCCGGGGUCAGCAAGAAGAAGGUGGAGUGUUUCUACGAUGUCGUGUCCCCCUAUUCCUGGCUUGCCUUUGAGAUUAUUUGCAGGUAUCGUUCCAUCUGGAAUCUAGAUCUGCAUUUGCGGCCAGUUUUCCUUUCGGCGAUAAUGAACGCCACUGGGAACCAGCCUCCAGCAAUGCUUCCCAAGAAAGGAGAGUAUUUGCAAAAGGAUGUCAAACAAAUGGCAAAGUAUUGCCAAGUGCCAUUAAAUUUACCAAAGGAUUUCGUAAAGGCUGUGAUAGUGAAAGGAAGUCUGCCUGCCAUGCGUUUCAUCACUGCUGUAGAUAUAGCAGAACCUCAGUUUCUGGAGUCUGUUUCUAGAGAACUCUGGAUGCGCAUUUGGUCCAGGGAUGAAGACAUAGUUCAGCCAGAAAGUAUAUUAGCAGCUGCUGAGAAAGCAGGUUUGCCCUCAGGCAAAAGCCAGGAGCUUCUGAAAAUGAGCACUUCACCUGAGGUGAAGAAUCGCCUGAAAGAGACAACAGAUGAGGCUCUGAAGUUUGGGGCAUUUGGAGUGCCAUGUUUUGUUAUCCAGACUGAUGGACAACCCCAGCUUUUCUUUGGUUCGGAUCGUGUAGAACUACUGGGAAAUGUUUUGGGGGAGAAGUGGCUGGGCCCCGUUCCCACAUCGUCUAAGCUCUAGUUCUCAGGAGCAGUGAGAAAAGCAACCCGCUAAAAUUAUAAACCUCUCGUCCUUCCUACUUCUACAAGAUGAUUGGCAUUGGAACUGGCUUAAUAUAAAAGAUCAUAGUGAUUGUCUUCAAAUAUCAUGCAAGUGUCUAGAUAGAAGAUCUCAGAGCAGGGAGCUGUUAUGUACUCCUUCCUGCAACCAUUGAGUACCAGGAUCUAGAUGGCUCCUAAAGUAGCGAAUUGUCAUGGAAAGGUCCAGGAGUUCAGUUCCUGGUAGAAUAACAUCUGGUUACCUGCGAUUGAUGAUUCCUUCAAAAAAUGAAACUGGUCACCUGGUGGUCAGGGUAACUGACAAUUUCCAUGCAUUAGGAGUCUUCAGUAUUCAGGAUGCUUGUCUGCAAGAAUUGUUUUCUCUGUCUUUUACCCCCUAACUCAGCCACUACAGCAAUGAGCUAUAAAAAGUCUAGUUGAGAAAAGCACCUGUCUGUAAAAACAUUGGUGGGUUACUUUUCACCAUCAUUUAUAUAAUAAUGCAUUUUACAUCCUCUCCUUGUUUAGCAACAGCAUUGUUCCAGUAAAUUUGUCAUUAAAGGAAAUAGUUUCUAAAUAGGUGUAUGUAAAA